UCAGUGUGCCAUUGGUCUCAGUGACGCAUUGUCCAGUGCGGCGUAAACAAGUCUACUAAUUUUCUGUUUUUUUUUUUUCAAUUUAAAUUUCGAACAUCAUUAUAAAACUUAUCUUUGCAGCCAUUUACAUGUUAAUAUAAUAAGCAAUGGUGAGUUACAAGACCAUUGUUCUUGUUGUAUGUUUGUUAUCAGAAUGUUGUUCGAGUAAAAAACUAAAAAGGCAUGAUAAUCAAGAAAGCCCUAUUGUACAAGUAAGAGAGGGCUCAUUGAGAGGUUAUGUGGCUACAGCGGUGGAUGGAUCUACAUAUUACAGUUUUAAGGGUAUCCCAUAUGCUCAAGCACCGACAGGCGAUGCCAGAUUCCAGGCACCUCUACCACCAAGUCAUUGGAAAGGUGUUCGCGAUGCAACACAACACGGCCCAAUCUGCACCCAGUACGAUCUAUCCAUUAACCAACUAAUUGUCGGCAGCGAGGAAUGUCUCUUCGUAAAUAUUUACACUAAAUCUUUAAAUCCAAAUUCCAAAAUACCAGUUAUGGUAUUUAUACAUGGUGGUAGUUAUAGCUACAAUUCGGGCAAUUCGGAAACUUUCAGUCCGGACUUGUUAAUACGUCACGAUGUCAUUCUAGCUACUAUUAACUACCGCUUGGAACUUCUCGGAUUCCUAUGUUUAGACUCACCUGAAGUACCUGGUAAUGGUGGAAUGAAAGAUCAAGCUGCUGCCCUUAGAUGGAUUAAAAACAAUAUUGCUAAUUUUGGCGGAGAUCCUGAUAAUAUAACAAUAUUCGGAGAAAGUUCAGGCGCGAGUUCGGUCACCUCCCAUAUGCUAUCGCCAUUAUCUAAAGGUCUCUUCAACAAGGUUAUAGCACAAAGUGGCACCGUCAUACAUGACUGGGCUAUCGACAGAAAUGCAAAAGAACGGGCCUUCAGAGCUGGAAAACUUUUAGGAAUCGAUACUAAUAAUUCUGACGAAUUAUUGUCAUAUUUACGUGGUUUAAAUGCCACUCUUCUUACGAAUCUUGCACAAAAAACCAUGACAUUUGAUGAAACAUAUAGAGGGCUACCUGAUUAUUUUAUUCCUGUAAUUGAAAAGAAGUUUAAAGGCGUUAAAGCUUUUAUGAAUGAGGAGCCGCUUCAAACACUAUUAGAAGGCAAAGCUGCUGAAGUACCACUGAUGAUUGGAUAUAACUCCGCAGAAGAUUUAGUCCUCAUAAAUUAUUUAGCUGACAAAUUAGACGUAUACAACAGAGACCCAUCUUAUUUUAUCACAAGAGAACUAGCGAGUAAUGUAAAUGAUGCAAAACUUAAAGAAUACGGGGAAAGGUUAAGACAAUUUUAUGUGAAUGGAAGAAAUUUGACGAGAAAUGAUGCGGAAAUUAUUGAAAAUAUCGGUAGCGAUAUUCAUUUCUUUUACAACACGCAUCGAUUUGCUAAUCUAUACAGCGAGUAUGGAAAACCAGUCUACAUGUACAGAUUCAACUAUGAUACUGACCUUAAUAUCAUCAAGAAUUUUACUGGAUAUGCCCAUCUCAAGGGCGCAUGUCAUGCCGAUGAACUUUUCUAUAUGUUCUACAAUUUUUUGAAUAAAAAACCUUACGAUGAACAAGCUAGAUUACGAGAAUUGGCACUUAAAGUUACAACACUAUGGACUAAUUUUGCUAAAUUUGGCAAUCCUACGCCUGACCAAAGUUUAGGUGUCAAAUGGCAACCAUACACCGCACAUGGUAAAGAAUAUCUGAAGAUAGAAGACAACAUGGCGAUGGGGCAUUACGCAGACAAGGAACGAAUGAAAUUCUGGGACAAAUUGUACAAGGAAACUUGCCUUCCUCAUAUCGGCUAAUAUUUAAGAAAAAAUACAAAAGUGGAAAAUUGCAUAAAUUGAAUUAUUAACUA